AUUUGUUUUCAUUGACCAACCACUUGGUGAUUAAACACAACAAUCUGCUAAAAUUUCGCAAGUUUGAUCUUCCAGAAUCGGCUUAUUGGUAGCUUUAGAACAUCUUCAAUUCAUGAACUAUGGGCCUGCUGUCAAUUUUAAGAAAACUUCGAACUGCUCCAGAAAAAGAACUCCGCUUAUUAUUACUUGGUUUGGAUAAUGCUGGUAAAACUACAAUUUUGAAGACGUUGGCUUCAGAAGAUAUCACAAAUAUUACACCCACAGCGGGUUUUAAUAUAAAAUCAGUUAAUUCGGAUGGAUUUAAGUUGAAUGUGUGGGAUAUUGGGGGCCAAAGGAAAAUCCGUCCAUAUUGGAAGAAUUAUUUUGAGAAUACCGAUGUCUUGAUAUAUGUUGUAGAUUCCGCAGACAAAAAACGCCUCGAAGAAACAGGCAUAGAGUUAUACGAGCUUCUGAGCGAUGACAAGCUUCUAGACGUACCUCUUCUAGUUUACGCAAACAAACAAGAUCUUCCCGAUUCCCUAUCAGCUGCAGAAAUUGCCAGAACUCUGGGAUUGCCCACGAUCAAAGACCGGUCCUGGCAAAUUCAAGCCUGUACUGCUACUCAAGGCGUUGGCGUACGAGAAGGGAUGGAGUGGGUCUGCAAAAAUAUCAAAAAGAAGUAAUACUUAUAUCAUCGGUGUAUACCGAGUGGUGAAUUGGAAAACGGGACAUAGGAAACUCAAUGUAAAAUUCUAAACUGUUGAAUUCCUGCUUGCCUAAUUAUUUUACAUCAAAAGACAUUAGAGACUAUUUGUAGAGGAUUGAAAUCUGCAUUGAAAACAAUUGUUAACAUUGUUCUACUAAUUAAACAUAGGUAUUCCAAAAUUUUGUAAAAAUGUAAUACACUUUUUAGUUUUCCAGCCCAAAAUUAGGCCACACACAGUGCAAUAAUGUGUCACAAUGAAGUUAUUAUUUUCUCAUUUUUGAACUGUCAAUAUUUUUAUUUUAUCAUUUAUUUAGAUAAGGACACACCAUUAAACUUGAUAAAAAUAAUAAA